AUGUCCGGCCAACUGCACAAUGCGCUGCUGCUGCUUGUCAGCCUUACCAGCGGGCUAGUCUCGGCCCAAGACUUCCUGGUAUUCCAAACGACUCCGUCAACGUCUACUUCUGAUCUAAGCACACAAACAACCACGGCCCGUCCAAUAUCAAGCUGGGUGCUGGUCAAUAAUGAGCCAGUGAUUGGUAAUAUAGUUCCGUUUGCCACAGCCAGACCGCCAACACCUCAGUUCCUUGACUGCUUUGGCCGCUGUCCCACAACCUCCGAGUACAAUCCCAUCUGCGCCAGCAACAUGCAAAUGUAUUUGAACGAGCAGAAGUACAACUGCGCGCGUUUCUGCGGAGCGGACAUUCGGAUUGUGCGUCGCGGUAGCUGCGAAGGCCUGUUUCCAAUGCAGAGGGGCUGAUGUAGCGAUUACCAAAAUUGUACCAAAUAAAUCCUUAGCUGAGGCUUUGAUUGCCCGGAUUAUUGGGGUUAUGCUGCAUAUCAACGAGUACAGCAUUAAUAAUAUCUGCAACCGAAAGACCAAAAACUUCGGAUAACCGAGACUGAGGAAGAAAGGAAUGCGAGUGGUCACGAGUCAACACUUAAAUACCCUUUACUCACUCCUACAAAAUCAUAUGUUUAAUAUAGUAUAUUUUCCAUAAUUGCACUGUAAAAAUAUCGGUAAUAGCGCUAAAACUUUGGGUGUAACUAGACAUUUUGGGCGAUCUGUAGUGAAAUACAUAUAUUGUUGGAAUCUUCUAAGUAUACAUAAACUCUUUUGAAUCAUGA